AUGUCUAAAACUGUCACUUUUGAACAAUUUUUAACCAAGGAUCCACUUGACAAUUAUGGAGAUAUAGAGCUCUACAAGAGCAAGUACCUCCCUUUGAUUAAGAAAUAUAACCAAAGAUUAGAAGAAAAUAUUCUCGAUGAGUAUAAGAUUGACUUGCCAAAACCAAGGGAUGAGUUGAUUGCAGAGCAAUUUGAUGCUGUUGAUUAUUUAUACAAGGCUAAAUUGUUAACUGAAAGAGAAUUUGAAAUUACUGAUUCCUCUGCUACAAAAAUUGUUUCUGAAAUUGCCAAUGGUAAUUGGACUUGUGCUGAAGUUUUCACUGCUUUUGCUAAGCGUGCUACUAUUGCUCAUCAAUUUACCAAUUGUGCUCAUGAGCUUUUCACUAAAGAAGGUUUGGAAAGAGCAAAGGAAUUGGAUGAGUACUACAAGGCUAAUGGUAAGACUGUUGGCCCACUUCACGGGUUACCAAUAUCUCUCAAGGAGUUUAUUUCUUUGAAAGGAAAAGUUACUCAUGGUGGAUACGCUGCUUUUGUUGAGAACAUUGCUGAAGAUGAUUCAGUUACUGCCAAGAUUUUGAAAGAUGCGGGUGCUGUAUAUUAUAUCAGAACAACCCAGCCAUUAACCUUGAUGCAGUUGGAUUCAGAGAAUAAUUAUAGUGGAUUCACCAAAAAUCCAUUCAACUUGUUGUUAUCCAGCGGUGGCUCGUCAUCAGGUGAAGGUGCAGUUGUUUCAUUUGGUGGGUCCACCCUUGGUGUAGGAUCAGAUAUUGGUGGCUCAAUUAGAUCGCCUGCAGGUUUCUCUGGCUGUCAUGGUUUUAGACCAACAACGAGAAGAAUCUCUAACUUUGGUAAUGUUGCAAAUUACACAGGACAAGAAUCCGUUUCUCCAGUCACUGGUCCAUUGGGAAGAUCAGUUUCUGAUAUUGAGCUUUUUAUGAAGACUUAUAUUAAUGAAGGAAAACCAUGGAAUUACGACACUUGGUCAAUUCCAAUGUUAUGGAGAGAUGUGCCUAAACCAAAAGCAGAUCAAUUGACCAUUGGUGUAGUUAGAGAUGAUGGAUUUGUGAGACCAUCUCCACCAAUCAGACGUGGAAUAGAUGUAGUUGUUUCCAAAUUGGAAGCUGCUGGUGUUAAAGUUGUUCCAUUUGUACAAAAGAAUGCCAAGUUGGCUUAUGAAACAGUUCACAAGAUGUAUACUUGUGAUGGAAAUGAUGAGAGUCGUUCUUUAAUUGCAAAGAGUGGUGAGCCCAUUCCAAAAUUGACAAAAUGGAGUUUGAACUAUGGUGAUGGUGCUAGAGUUUAUACUGCUGCUGAGAACAGACAUUUGAAUACUAUAAGAGACGAUUUAAGAGAGGAGUACAAUAAGUUCUUUAUGGACAACAAGGUUGAUUUCAUCUUAUCUCCACUUUACAAUAACGUUGCCCCACACUCAGGAGAAGUGUACAACUGGUCAUACACCUCGAUCUUUAAUAUCUUGGACUUGCCAACAUUGGCUUUCCAAACUGGAUUGAGACAAGACCCAGAGUUGGAUGUAUGGACAGAAGAAGACAAGAAGCACGUGUAUAGAUCAGAUUUGGAACAAUUAGAAAAUGAAAACUACAAGCCAGAUGAGUUCAAGGGUGCACCAAUUGCUUUGCAAUUGAGUGGAAGAAGAUACUUUGAUGAAGAGGUUCUUGCUUCUGCUAGACUUAUCAUUGAUGACAUUUUGAAGGUUGAUCUUUUCAAGCACUAG